AGCCCCACGCAGCAUCCGAGAUAUAAUAGCAUCAUUGAGUUUGGCGUGUAGAGAGCGAAUAGACCAUACGAAAAGAGGAAGACAAUCAUUAUUUAUUAACCUGUGAGCUCAUUUACUGGAAUAUUUGGUUGAAGUAUCGUUACUCAUUCUCUAUGGAUAUAAAAUAGGGACAAAUCAGCUUUAUAUUCUUUCAUUUACCCUUUUUAUCUGGGCUUCCAGUAAAGCAUCCUGCGUUAAUUCUCAAAAUGGCUGAGAUUACAGAAUUACGACCUGCAUAUGACAUGUCACCGGUGCUGGCUGGUUUUAUCGGUGCAGCGGCUCUGGUGGUUGCCGUGGUGAUCCUAGUUCUCCUGUGGUCCUUCUGCCAGCGUCGCAACCUCCGGGUGAUGGGCCGGUACAAGCUCCAUGGUGAUCAGUACACCGACUCGGCUGAAGACCCGCCCUACAAGUUCAUCCACAUGCUGAAGGGCAUCAGUAUCUACCCAGAGUCCCUCAGCAGCAGCAAGAGGAUAGUACGGGUGGCCAGGCGUGCUGGGUGGCAGGGGGAGAGAGACAGAGAGAGGGGUGGUGGCCGCGGGAUGGUCCUGGUGGAUGCUGAGAACAACAUCCUGGAUGCUCCUACCCAUCUCCAGAUGAGCCACCUGGUGCCCCCUGCUGGCCAGCCCAGAAUGGAGGCGGCACUGCCCGUCAGGGCCGACUACUGCUGCCUGGAUAGCUCAGCUACCAGUAGCGAGAACAGCAGCAAGACCGUUUCACCUUUCACCCCCGCGUCCUCCGACCCAGAAUCAGAGCCUGAAACCAGCCUGGGCUCCCUCAGCCUGGCUUUGGACUACAACUUCCCCAAGAAAGCCUUGGUGGUGACCAUCGUUGGAGCCCAUGGCCUGCCUGCAGUUGACGAACAGGGGAACAGCUCCGACCCCUACGUGAAGAUGACCAUCCUCCCUGAGAAGAAGCACCGGGUGAAGACCAGGGUCCUGAGGAAGACACUGGAGCCGGUGUUUGACGAGACGUUCACGUUCUAUGGCGUGGCCUACAGCUCGUUGCCCGAGCUCACGCUGCACUUCCUGGUGCUCAGCUUCGACCGCUUCGCCCGAGAUGAUGUCAUAGGAGAGGUGGUGGUCCCGCUGACAGAGUUGGAACCCAGCACGGGGCGGGUGCACAUCACCCAGCAAAUCAGCAAGAGGAACAUGCAGUGCGAGAGCCGUGGGGAGCUGUUGGUGUCUCUGUCCUACCAACCUGUCUCCCACCGCCUCAGUGUGGUGGUGCUGAAGGCCAAACACCUGCCCAAGAUGGACAUCUCUGGCCUGUCUGGAAACCCAUAUGUGAAGGUCAAUGUGUUCUACGGACGCAAGCGCAUCGCCAAGAAAAAGACGCACGUGAAGAAGUGCACGUUAAACCCCGUCUUCAACGAGUCCUUCAUCUACGACGUGCCCCCCGAGCUGCUCCAUGAGAUCUCCGUGGAGUUUGUGGUGGUCGACUUUGACCGUACCACUAAGAACGAGGUGGUGGGGCGCCUGCCCCUCGGCCUGCACAGCCCCUGUCCCUCUGGCGCCGCCCACUGGCGGGAAGUCUGCGAAAACCCCCGUCGGCAGAUCUCAAAGUGGCACAACCUCAGUGAAUACUAGCUCCUCCCACCGCCUAAUGCAUAUAGUUCUACCUGUGUAUAGGGGGAGGUGAAGGAGGGGAAGAGAGGGACUUCUUGCCGAGAGAGUGGCUUUUCCCCCAUGCCAUACAUUCUCUUGUGAAUAAUACCAACAAAAAAUGAACAACAUUCCUGGUGGGACUUGUACAGUGGACUUUACAGUGGUUAAGGUUCAAUUACAGGAUCGAAUUAAAGUAACAAACAUGCAUACAGAUAAACAUACACAUAUAUAACCCACACCACUACAGAAUUAUAGAGACACUCAGUCUCAGCAUUUGGGUAAGAGUAAUGAAAAUAAAAAAGUUGUUUGUUAACCAAAAUCUGACCAGGAUCACACAUUCAAGGCUGUUAUGAAUUAUUGUCUGGCCAUGUUGUAUGAAGUUUAGGCGACGGGAGGAUACAUGCAAAUGCUUAAAAAAGAAAGAAUUGUCAGACUUCAAAAUCCUCCCCUUGCCAAUAUUGUACUUCAUUCAUUGCAUGUCUGAAUUAAACAGAAAUAUCAUCAAAUCAAAUGUAAGGAAACAGAAGUAUUGCUUAGUGAGAAAAGUGAGAAGAAAAAAAAUCUCUCUUAAAAUGAGAAAAUCUCAUGCAACUGACUCUCUGUUGCAGUUUCUCUAAAGGUAGCAACAAAUAGGACAGCUAGAAAUUUCUACCCAUGAAAUGUUUUGGGGCCUAACUGUUGUCGUUUAGUGGCAUUACCACAUUUGAUGACAAGCUCUGUAUCUAACAUGAAAACCAUCAAGGUUUCAAACCAAUUGAUGCUUUGUUGUUAAGACAAAUGUGAUUUCACUGCAAAUAUAUUUAUUUGGAGUUCAUUUUUAGAACAAAUUCGGUCUGAAAAUAUGAAUGUAAUAAACAACCAAAACAUUAUUACAUGGAUACAUGUAGCGUUUCGCUACACUCGCAUUAACAUCUGCUAACCAUGUAUAAAAUUUGAUUUGAUUUGAUUUAACAUGUGAUCACAAGAAAUAUGACAUAUUCUCAUACUGUGGCAUUGAAAAAGCAUUCACCACAGUAUAAGCAAAUGACUGAAAUAUCACUGCAGCAGGUUAGUCUUAGUACUGUAAUAACCAGGUAAUAACACAUGCUAGUUAGGAGCUUGUAGUGCCAGAUGUUUUUUGAAAGUUACUGAUAUUAUUGUGAAUAAUGGUUUUGACAUGAAGAGUUGUAAAGGGUCAUGUUUUGCUGUGUGGUUUCCAAAAGGUUUAUACAGUAUAUUCCAUAUAUAUUUUGGCCUUUGCUGCCAUGCUCAUCUUUUAGGACUCGAUUCAAUCCAAAUCACCGAAGUUCUGCGCUAUAGUGUGCUUGAAAUGAAAACGUAAUUUUUUAUUGAGCUGUCAUAUGCAGCGUUUACCGUGAAUGCAGUCUUUGCGAACUUGGGAACAUUGGCUUUACAUUGCCUUCACAUUUCAAUAGCGCUGAACUUGAGCGAUAUGGAUUGAAUCGAGCCCUUCGUGUAUUUUUGUCUCUUUCAUUUGGCUAAUUUCAAGAUUAUAUUGUAUAAAAGAACAGUACUUUAUAUCUUGAAGGCAACAAUUUUCUAUAGUGAAUAGCCUCACAGGUUGAAGCUCCUGUAUGUUGUUGGUGAUACUCUGUGUGUGUGUGUGUGUGUGUGUGUGUGUGUGUGUGUGUGUGUGUGUGUGUGUGUGUGUGUGUGUGUGUGUGUGUGUGUGUGUGUGUGUGUGUGUGUGUGUGUGUGUGUGUGUGUGUGUGAGACUGCAGAGCCCAGGUGCACUGUUUAGAAUAAUAUAAGUGGUGAUGGGGUUCAGAGCAGGUCAUGGCAGUGGGGUGGCUACUGCUAGCUUCUGGCUUGGCUAGGCUUUUGACCAGAAGGACGAGACACAGGUGGGCAAACCUCCACUGUCACCAACCUCUCCAUCCUCUCUUCCUCCUCUUUUUCUCCUGCUCUCUCACUGUCUCUGACCCUCCUUCGCACUUUCUUUCUAGCUCUCUCUUUACAGUCCCUUAUUUCCUCAAUCUCCUUCGUUCUCCCGUCUCCUCUCUCUAACUCUUUCUUUGCACCUUUAUUUGGAUCACUAAUAUCUCAAAUUCCUUUUAAUGCUUCAUUCCUCAUAAUGAGAGAAGUCACAGUAUUUGACAUAUUAGUGAACCCAUCAUAACACCUAUCACACCCUGUGAGGAUUUGGCUGUAUGACUGAUGCUCUGUCAUCAUUGUACACCGUAGGUCAGGGGUGUCAAACUCAUUCCAUGGAGGGCCUAGUGUCUGCAGGUUUUUUGUUUUUUCCUUUCAAUGAAGCCCUAGACAACAAGUAGUGCUGAGUUCCUUACUAAUUAGUGACCAUAAUUCAUCAAUCAAGUACAAGGGAGGACUUGCAGACACUCAGCCCUCCGUGGAAUGAGUUUGACACCUGUGCUGUAGGACUACUCAGUGGAGACAUGGGGAGUCUAGCUGCAAUGGCUUUACAUCACACUGUGUAACAUUUACUGCAGUGCAGUCUGGCAAAUUGACUGUGUGAAACUCUGGGAGAACAGUAAUCUCAGUGAAGCCAAGGUGAGAAAACUUAAGUAAGACUGCAGGUUUGUGUCUUGACAGGGCAAGGGGAAAGCAUAAAAUUGUGUUGCAAUACAUAUGAGCUGCCUUGUUUGCUUUUGGCAGCAAACUCCUGCGAUCAGAACCCCCACCAUUUUGACUGUCUAUAGCCCCGUUUAUACCUGGUGCUAACAUGGGUCCUUAGUCCUGAUCUUGUCUACAUUCUGAUUGUGCCCACAUUUCCAGAAGUGUGUCUACACAUGGUAUUAAAAUGAGUCUGUUAUCUAUCCACUGUGUCUGCAUUGUGACCAGAGUUCCUGGUCCCUUCCUUUAUACAAAUAAUUUCACAGCUAUAAUAUUUGUAUAUGUAUUUACUGUAAGACACAUAUUGAUGUAAUCAGCCACCUAUCACUGAUUUUAGAGGCCGGAAUAAUGAUGAUUUAAAUGUUUUUUUCUGUCCAGAUCUGUCUACAUUUGUAAGAUGUCUAGACACAAAAAGAUCACAAUCAGAUCACAACGUGUCUUUUGAUUGUCAACACCUGUCUAAAAAUGUGGGCACAAUCAGACUGUGGACAAGAUCAAGACAAAGGACGCAAGUUAGAACAAGGUUAUAAAAGGGGCUUACUUCACCUUGUCUCCCCACCUUCGACCUUCAGUGUAGCUAUUUCCUUUGUUGAAAUAUCCUUGUUAACUAAUUUGGAAUAAAAUAUGAAACGUAAUGUAAACAAACUGUAAUAAUGACUGAUCGUGGACUGGUACAAAUGAUUAUUUCAAGGUAUCUUCUGUCCAAAUACAUGGAGUUAAACUAUGUAAUGAAAUACUUGCCAGUAAUGCAAACGGUGUCUAAAACUGACAUUUUCCUAUGUGCUGAGUAUAUUACGCGGAUGCUAACUUGUGUGUUUUUUUCAUUAACAGUCAUUCAACGUGCAAAUAAAAAGUUAUACUCCA